AUGGCUAAGUAUUUGGUCCAGUUGAUUCUAUCUGGUGCUCGAGUUUUGGGUCGUGCCUUUGCCCAAGCUGUCAAAGAAGAAUAUGUUUCAAGUCAAAGAGUUGCUAACGCCCGUCGAAACAAUGGGUCUGGUGGUCCUGAACAAAAUACUUACGUCCAAAACGCUGGAAUCUCACUGGAGGAAGCAAAACAAAUAUUGAAUGUCAAAGAUAUUCACGAUAUAAGUACUUUAAAUAAACACUAUGAACACCUCUUUUCCUCCAACAGUAAAGAUAAAGGUGGAUCAUUUUACUUACAAUCUAAGGUAUUUCGAGCGAAAGAGCGUAUUGAUGAGGAAUUACAGUUUGAACAGUCGGAACGGCGACGAGAUCCAGAAUCUAGAAACAAUAACCAAUCAGGGACUUGAACAAAUAUUUUUGAUAGUAACGUACUUAUAAAUUGAAAGAUAAAUUGAACAUUAGAGAACAGUAACGUGCUUGAAAGGCGAAAUUGUGGUAAAUUUUAGACGAAUUGAAAUGGGUAUUUAUAAAUAAUUGGAGUGAUAUGUAAAGUUUUGGAUCUUCUCGUUGUUGACAUUAAAGACUGAAAUUGGUCAGUCUGUUGGUAUAUUUUCAUCCCGAGCAGAUUGCCUUGGUGUCAAGUUUCAGUUACCAGUCUUAAUAUAUCUGGAUUUCAGCAGUGAAUAUAAGAAAGAUGCUUUAAUGAUCCUGGAUGCAUGGAAUUAUCAUUCCCGGUGCCCGAAACUCCUUGACUUGGGCUUGGGACUGACAGUAACCCUAGAAGUGCUACAGGCGGAGCUUAUUAUAACUCACAAGUUGGAGCUUGCAAGUUUUCUAAACAACAAGGGAUAAAUUUAUUGUAAUUUUAAGUAUUACACAUGAAGCAGUAAUAUAAUAUAUACUUACAUUAGCAAACUAUUUGGAAUUAGAUUUUAUAUCGUGUUAGCAAAUUUUAGUGGACAGAAUCUGUGAUUUGUGCGUGUGAAAUGACCAUAAAUUUG